CAUCUCUCUGCGUUUCUCCCUCCCAUUCCAUCCAUUUGUCAGUCGCCUGCUUCGCCCGUCUCUGCAGCAUGUCGCUGAAAGUCCAGACCAGUAAUGUGACCAACAAGACAGAUCCAAAGUCCAUCAACUCCAGGGUGUUUAUUGGCAACCUGAACACAGCGGUGGUGAAGAAGUCGGACGUGGAGAGCAUCUUCUCUAAGUAUGGCCGGGUGCUGGGCUGCUCUGUGCACAAGGGCUACGCUUUCGUCCAGUACGCCAGUGAAAGGCACGCAAGGGGGGCCGUGAUCGGGGAGAACGGCAGGGUGCUGGCCGGACAGACGCUGGAUCUUAACAUGGCAGGAGAACCGAGGCCAAACAGACCCAAAGGCCUGAAGCGAUCAGCAGCUUCUCUCUACAGUGGCUAUGAGUUUGACUAUGAUUACUACAGAGAAGACUUCUAUGACAGGUUGUUUGAGUACCGUGGCAGGGUGUCUCCAGUCCCUCGGGUGGUGCCUGUCAAACGCCCUAGGGUGGCGGUGCCCCUGGUACGACGGGUCAAAUCUCUGCCAGUCAAACUGCUGGCACGUAACGCCUCUGUCCUCCCCACCAGCAACGGCAACAAACAGAGAUCAGUGAAAGGUACAGAGCUUCAGGCGAUCAAGUCAGAGUUGACUCAGAUCAAAGCCAACAUCGAAGCUUUGCUGGGCAGACUGGAACAGAUCACAGAAGACACACACAUCACCGCCACAGAGCUGAGGAAGGCAGAGCAGUGUAAGAGCGAGGAGGCGUGGCAGGAAGGGGAGGAGUCGAGCUCAGAGCUGGAGGACGAGGAGGAGCACAGACAGAACAGCGAAGCUGAAGAGGAGGAGGAGGACGAGGAGGAGGAAUUGGAAGACGAGGAAGAGGAGGAGCGAGAUCACACGCAGGAUGGCAUCCACAACCAUAUGCCGGAGAACAGUCGCCUAUCAUCAGAGAUGGACUCCAUUCACCCUUGA